GCUCUGUCUGUGCUGGUUUCUGCGCUCUGUCUGCACUGGUCUCAAGGCACUGGCUGCGCUCAUUUCUGUGGUGGUUUCUGCGCUCUUCUUUGCUGGUCCCUGGGCUGUCAACAGUGACAUAUACACAGAAAUGAGGUGGUGUCCCUGUGUCUGUGGAAGAUUGACGUUGCUGCUGCCCUGACAGUAACAACUAACAAGCCUAUGGACCUACUGGCAGAACUCCAGCUCCUUGAAAAAGCCUCCACCUUGGAGCGGCUCCGUGCAGCCAAGAAACGCAGAGAGCAACAGCUCAAAAGGUGGGCACAAAAUGAGAAAGAGGAGGAGAGCAGGAGACGUAGACAGCAGAGGAACAGAAGGAAAACACCCACCAGGAGCACGAGAGUGUCUUUCCCUCCACGGGUCACGCUGCAUGAGGCCUGUCUGAGGAAUGACCCAGAGGAAGUCCUUGCUCUGCUUCAAAGUAAUGUGGACCCAAACUUGUCUAAUGAGGAUGGACUGACUGCUUUGCACCAGUGCUGCAUUGAUAAUUAUGAAGAUCUCCUCAAGUUGCUGUUGUCACAUGGAGCCAAUGUUAAUGUCACUGAUAACGAGCUCUGGACUCCUCUCCAUGCAGCUGCCACUUGCGGUCACACCAGCCUGGUGCGGUUACUAAUUCAGCAUGGUGCUGACCUUCUAGCUGUGAAUGCUGAUGGCCACAUGGUGUUUGAUCUUUGUGAAGAAGAGGCCACUCUGGAUGUCAUUGAGAGCUGCAUGACAUACCAAGGUAUCACUCAGGAAAUGGUUAAUGAAGCUCGUCAGACUCCUGAGCGUCAGAUGCUGAGUGACAUUACAGCUUUGCUAACAGCUGGAGAGGACCUAAACCAAACUGACAGCCAAGGCGCCACGUUGCUCCAUAUUGCUGCCUCCCGUGGUUUUGCAGAUGCAGCAGAGACCCUGCUUGAGAAUGGAGCAAGGAUUGACAUUAGAGACUCAGACAGCUGGGAACCUCUACAUGCUGCAGCCUAUUGGGGCCAGAUCUAUGUAGCAGAAAUUCUUGUGUCACAUGGAGCCAGCCUGACCAGCAAAACGUCACUAGAGGAAACACCACUUGAUUUGUGUGAAGAUGAGGAGAUGCGCUCUCUUCUCUUGGAGCUGAAGCACAAACACGAUCUCAUUAUGAAGUCUCAGCAGAAGAACAAGUCAUCCCUAAGUCGCAGGAGCUCUAGCACUGGGAGCCAUGGUAAGGUGGUGCGUCGUGCCAGUUUAUCGGAGCGAACCAGCUUGUACAGGCGGGAAUAUGAGAAGGAAGCAGUUGUUUGGCAAUGUCUGGUUUCUGCAGGGGACUCAGAUGGAACACAGGAAGAAGAGGGGACCAUCUCUGACAUACAACGGAGAGACCCCUUGGAUACAGAGUCAUCUUUGGUACAUAUAGAUGGCUAUCCUGAGCCUCUUUUUCAUAAUGGUUUCUGCUCCCCCCUCACUCCAUUCUACCUCCCCCCUCCUGUAUCCGAUGCCCCAAAACCUACCUCUCUUACCAAUGGCACCACAAACCUCUCCUUACCCUGCUACACCCCAGAGCCACUAUGGAGCAGUAUACUGGACCAAGCUCCCAUUACCCUCUCUGAGCUGAAAAGACAGAGAGCGGCAGCCAAGGUUGGAAGAUACACAUUCAGGAACAACUGUGACUUGCAACAAUCUGGAGGAACAGACUAUCUGUAUGACCCUGGGACACCUCCCUGGCGCUCCAGUGAGUCUCCUGUGUAUUACACCUCAGGCAGUGGGGAUACCCCAAUUCUAAGGCUAAAAUCUCCAAUGGAAGAAGAAGAAGAGGAGGGUAAAAUCUUACGGUGCUGCAGAAUAUCUUAAAAUUUACCAUUUUGCUGCAGGUAUUACCUGCAUAACAAUACAUUGCAGUAUAUUGUAUCUGUGUUAUAUGCAGAGCAAAGUAUACAUGCAUUUAUGCAGAGUAAAAGCCACAAAAUUGUGUGUCUGCAUAUACACAGAGUUAUAACUACCUGCAAAUGAAAAUGUAUUUGUAUAUAAAGAGUCCUAGUUGCAACACUGUAUAGCAUGCUGUGUAUAUACAAUGCAGUGUGUAUUUGUACAGCAUGCAGCAAAGCAUAGUUGUAUAUGCAGAGCUGUAUUUCUAUAUACAGAAAAGAUGUAUAUACAGGGCUUCAUUUCUGUAAAUGUACAGCAGUUUAUGUUUAAAAGAUUUGUAUCUGUAUAUAUAUGCAAGGAAAUGUUUCUGUAUAUACACCGUGUUGCUUUUGCCGACCAGUGUAUAUUUGUAUCUGCAGAGCAGUGUAUAUUAUGUACACAUUAGUGUGCACUUAUUAAAUAUUCUCCCAAUGCUGCAUAAACUGUGCGUGCCGAGCGUUAUGCAUACUUGAAAUAAACUAUUUUAUGCCCAGCAUUGUUAUAUGAUAUGCAGUGCAAUCCAUCUGUACUAUGCAGAGCAUUGCUAUGUUUCUGUAAUAUGCAUAUGUGUGUACUUGCUAAGCCACACUUGUGUACCUACAGAACAUAACAUUUUGUAAAUAAAACUGAAUAUGUUACCUUUUAUUUUGUAAUUAAAUUAAUUUAAAAGUGGUGAUUUUGGACUUAACUUUUGUUGUCCAACUCUAAAAAAAAAAAAAGAGGACUAGUAAGCAUAAAACAGUUUGAAAACCUUCUGCAAAGUGAUGAUUGCUGGCUUGUUUCUGGAAAGGCUUCAUCACAGCAUGUAUAUUUUUUAGGUGACAAUAAUUCCCCUUUAAUAAUGAUGGUGUGCUCACUAAUGUUAAUGUAACCCAGUAGCUGUUAACCCUGUGGGGAAGAUGUGGUUUCACAAACCAGUUCAGCUUUAUAUAAAGCCAGGUAGCAUGACGGUGUUAGUCUGUCUUUAAUUUAAUCUCCUGUUUAGAGUUUGGUUAAUUAACUAUUCAUGGCACUAAUAGUGCAGGGGUUAAAAUCUGCCUUCAACAUUGCUUUCAUCUCAGGAGGGAAGUAAAUAUAUUUUGAAGCCUCCCAUCUUCCCAGUGCAUUAAAGAGACAUUAAACUUUUUUUAUAUUUGCAUAGUAUAUGUAUGCAAUAAAUUACUGUAUAUUUCAUUAUCUAUAUACAAACCAAAUGAUUUAAAAAUGUAUAAAACUAAUUUUGUUGGCAAAGGGCACAUCCUUCAAAGCACCGCUUGACUUAAUUUAAUUUUCUUUGCUAUAGCCAAUCAUAGGCAAAUAUAAAUGAGCUCCUAUGAAGCAGUUACUGCAUAGAAAGUUGUUAGAGUUGUGUAUUCUGGGGAAGAACCACAAUUUAAUUUAAAUAACAGGAAAACCAGGUAAAAAAAAUAAUGAAAUUACAACGCUCCGCUCACGCACUAACGCCACUAGAAGUCAGCUUUUUGUGCGUGGUGGUUAGCGCUUGUAUUACAAGUUACUCAUGUGCUACCCUGAUGCACGCAAAAAGGCAAAGUUAGGUUAUUGCAUUUGUGUUAAAGUAUUGCCCCGUGAAAAUCAAUGGAACAAAAAAGUGGUUUACUCCCGCGCAAACCCAACAUGAAAAUAUAGUCAUAACAUAUUCUGCUAUGUGCAGAACAUUGAAAUGUGAAAUUUUUACAGUAAAC